UUUAUAUAUGAUAGUCCAACUCGUUACAGAGCCAAAAACCCUAGACGAGUCGGCUAAAGAUGCAGAUCUUCGUGAAAACCCUAACUGGGAAGACCAUCACCCUUGAGGUCGAGUCUAGCGACACCAUCGACAAUGUCAAGGCUAAGAUUCAGGACAAGGAAGGUAUUCCUCCGGACCAGCAGAGGUUGAUCUUCGCCGGAAAGCAGCUUGAAGAUGGUCGCACUCUUGCUGAUUACAACAUCCAGAAAGAGUCCACAUUGCAUUUGGUUCUGAGGCUCCGUGGUGGAAUCAUUGAGCCAUCUCUUAUGGCAUUGGCCAGGAAAUACAACCAGGAAAAGAUGAUUUGCCGCAAGUGCUAUGCCCGUCUCCACCCUCGUGCUGUUAAUUGCAGAAAGAAGAAGUGUGGACACAGCAACCAGGUAAACAAACUUUUGUUUGAUUAUUUCUUUUCUGAGUUUCAAUGAAUAAUUAUUACAAACUCGUUUAUUCACUUGUUUGUUUCGUAACUUGAAUUGCAGUUGAGGCCAAAGAAGAAGAUCAAGUAGAUUUUCAUUCCUACCGUAAGGUGCUGCUUCUGCAGUUUCCUAUUAGAACAUUAAUUUUGUUUUUGCUGUUUUGGACAACAUUGCUCUACUGGGAAAACUUAUUUCCUGUAUUUCUUUGUACUUUGGAAUUUUGGUUAUUAAGAUGUUGAGUUCGACCUA